AUGCCCACCGCCCCCAAGAGGCAAGCCGCCGCCCGCGCUGCCCGCAACAUCCUACAACAGUACACCACCCCUUUCGCACCUAUCAACCAGAAGCUAUACGCCAGCAAGCUCGGCAACACCGCCACACGCUACGAGCGCGAAGAUCGAGCAUUCAGGCCGGGCUCGUACCUACAUCGAUCAUACGCGGCCGAGGGACCGGAGGCUUUCGGCAAGCCGGACGAAGCGGGGCAUUUGGAGAUCUUCCGACCAGGCUCGACGGUCGGCCUGGAGGCGGAACCUAGUAACAUCAAGGCGGAGAGGCGAGCGAGGAUGCAUGAGCGGGUAGCGAGGGAGAUUAUGGAGGAAGAGGUCCCGGAUGAGUCAUUCAUGGACUACUACGCCGGUGCGGGAGCGGAACUGCCGGGUCCACAGGCUGGACCCAGCCAGAAACCCCGCAGUGCGUCCUCCGGGCCUGGCAAAUUUACGACCACCAACCAGCCGCCCAAGCGGUCUCACAAGCGGAAAUUACCAGCGGCGGCACCACCUCCUCCGACUCCACCAACUCGUCCAACUUCUCCCCCGCAUAUGAAAUACCCAAUCUCGGGUUUCAGCUCGCCCCUCACUCCCCGAGAUUCGGACGAUGACGACCUCAAUAGCAGGGACGAGGCGGAACCCCUCUUCUUGUCGGCCCCUACCUCACCCGAGCCGGUCCAAGCGCAAGCGCAAGCACCGAGGAUGCCUCUUGCAUCGCCACCAUCGUACAUCCCUCCCAUGCCGCUCUUGUGGUGGGCAGACCUCGGUCUCGAACCCCAGCCAUCUUCCUCCCCUCUGAUCGACCCUGCGACGCUCCGCGAUGAGCCCAUCACGAAGUCGGGGAGGUCGGGCCAUGCUGCACACCCCUCCGUCGCAGGUCCGAGCCGGCCCUAUAUUCCGAAUCCUGAUAGCCGCGAGUCUGGCGAGGUGCACUUCAAGCCUCGCCGGGAGGCACUCCAUGCGAUCACCUCAGCGCUCGGCACGCAGGACGUCAAGCCCAAGUCGGACCCAAGUGGCCAGCGGAAGGAUAUGCUGGAGGAGGUGAAGGGGACAUGGGGAGAGGUCAAGAUGGCGUUUGGGAGGAUGGAACGGGUCAUGUCAAAAUUGGAGACUUACAGUCUGACAUUCACCCUAACUCCGAGUAUUUGUCCGGCAUACAUCGACCCACAAUUGUCAAUUAUGGCGCCAUUACGCCUCACAAGGCUUGCGCGAUCAAUCAUUGACGAUAUCGGAAACACCGGCAAAGAUCUCACCGAUAAGGCCGGGGGCGCUGCGGAUAAAGCUAAAGAGCUCGGAGAUGUACAUUUCCCUCGCCUUGGCCAGGCGCAAGAUGCGCUCGCGACGUACAAUAAACUCAAGGAUCAAGUGACAGGGGUGAGUUUCACCGAAAUUUGUGGUACAGAACGCCGCGCUGGUGAGGGUGUACUUGCUGAAACGCUCUCAGUACUACCAGUGGUAUCUCGACCACAAGCCGCUCAUCUACUUCAUUCUCGCCUGUAUCGCCGGCAUCAUCCUAAUGUGCCUUCUCCAAUGCGCCUUCCAGUGGCUCAAAUGCUGGACGAACAGCUGCUGCUUCUGCAUCAACGUCGGCCGCUGGUGUGGCCGAAAAGCGACCGAUGA